AUGAUUACCAUUAGAUACCCUGUGCUUUCAGUAUUCAUUCUUUCCUUGAUUGGAGCAGGAUUUUUGGGAUUCUCCCUGCUGCUCACUUUCAAGCACGAUAAGUUACUUCAUUUUGCCACUUUUUUCAUCCUCACUACAGAAUUUUUUUUUAUUUUCCGCAUGAGGUCAAUAAGACAAGUAACGUACCUUACAUUCCUGGUGUGCACCUUAUGUGGCGGUAUCGGACUGGAGUUUCUACAACACGUUGUCAACAAAAAACGAGUGUUUGAUCCAAAGGACAUAUUGUUUAACCUUGUGGGGAGCAUUCUUGGCUUGGUUUUAUCGGUUGUUUAUCAAAGUUAUCACAGAGGAAUGCAACACAUAGCUACAGAGGAUAUUGAACUACAAUGA